GUGCUGGAGGUUAAUUAACCACUUUAAAGCUGCGGGGAAAUUCUCACAGCUUCGCAGGACGACGACGGCUUCCAGACGUGUCCGAGGGCAACAAUGGACUGCAACUUCCCCCAUUGGUGGCUCACCGUCCUUCUCUCGCUUUCUACGCUGACAGACGGCCGGUCCAGCCAAGGCCCGCGCGCCCAAACCAACUCACCGGCCGCCCUGAGAGGGAGUCGGUACAUGCAGCCUCCGCUGCCCGCCGCGAGCCCACCGCAGCAGAGCGCGCGGCCUCGACCCGUCGUGGUCAACUGCCACCCCAACUCCAUGCGGGUCGUGGUGCAAGCCGACAUGUUCGACAUGGGCAUCCGGGUGGACGGCAGGCACCUGCGCCUUGGGUCGGACUCGAUGGGUGAGGGCAGCGCAUGCGGAGCGGUCCCAUCGGGCGAGGCGGAGUUCACCAUCCAGGCCUCCCUGAGAAAUUGUGGCGCCAGACUCUCUUCGACAAAAGAGAAGAUCAUCUAUUCGAAUGUUCUGGUCUACUCGCCUGAACCUUCAGCUGCUGGUCUGCUUAGACUGGCUGCAGCAACUAUUCCUGUUCAAUGCCAUUAUGAAAAGAGGUAUGCGGUUGCUGCCCUUUCCCUGCAUCCCACCUGGAUUCCAUCUGUCUCAAGUGUCUCUGCAGAGGACCAUAUAGCCUUCAAUCUGCUGGUCAUGAGUGAUGAUUGGCAGUUUCAGAGGGGAUCUUUUUCUUUCUUCCUGGGGGACCCUAUUCAUUUUGAAAUUUCUGUCUUCAUUGGUAAUCACGUUUCCCUGCGAGUCUAUGUUGACAACUGUGUCGCCACAGCAACUCCAGAUUCCCAGGCUGCAUUAAGAUAUGACUUUAUUGAGAAUUAUGGAUGUCUUGCUGAUACACUCCUGACAAACUCCAGCUCUCAUUUCCUACCAAGGGUUGACGAUCACAAGCUGAGGUUCCAGCUUGAGGCUUUCAGAUUCUACCACGAGUCAAACAAUCAAAUCUACAUAACCUGCUACCUGAAGGCUGUUCCUGUUGAGUCAUCUGUCGACUCUCAAAACCGGGCUUGCUCGAUAAUUGAGAACAGAUGGAGAUCAGUUGAUGGCAACGACCAGGCAUGUAGAAGCUGCGCUUCGCAUUGGCUGGAAGAUCCUCUGCCCACGGAAAAUCUCAAAAACACAAUCGGCACCCAAGCACUGCCCACAAACGCUUCCCCAGAGGAAAGAUCUGAACAACGCUCUGCCAAUUAUUUCCGUUUUCGGCCAGGAAUGCUGCAGAGCCAACAACUUGAACCCCAGCCAUCCCCUUCUGGGCUGAAGAGAAGGGAGCGAAGUGUCCAGUUUGGACCCAUUACUGUAGUGCCUGACAAGACCACCAGAUUGUAAAACGGUACUUCCACAAAGAACUGGGACUCGAGAUACACGGAGACUGACGUUUGUCAUCGCUGCCGUGUAUGGGGAAAAAAAUUAUCAGAGCCCAGGUGAAUGUGGAGAUUAAUAUCUGAAAAGCUGCCUUCCCUGAAAUUUAAGGCAGAUAUUCCCCAAUAAAUGUUUUACAUUAA